CAAAGCCCUACAAAAAUGGCCACCUUCCUCCCCCCGACCGCACCCCCCAACGCAACCGCCCACCGCAUCGACUUCACGCAAACCACCCCACCCCUCCCACACUACCGCCACCUCUUCGCCGCAACCAUCGACAACAUCCUCACCGAACCCGAAUGCACCGAGCUCCUCCGCCUCGCCGAAGCCAGCACCCUCACCCGGGGGACCUCCCCAACCCCCACAUGGGAGCGCGCCAUGCUCAACGUCGGCGCCGGCGAACAGAUCCUCCGCCCGGACACGCGCAACUGCGGCCGCAUCAUCCUCGACGCGCCGGAGCUCGCGCAGAAACUGUGCGACCGGCUGCUCCCCUUCCUGCGGGAUGAGUUUGCGAUCGACACGCUGGAGAAAGAUGCCUGGCGCGUGACGCUGCAGACGCGCCGGCGCUACCGGCUCACGCGGCUCAACGAGCGGCUGCGCUUUCUGCGGUACGAGGGCGGCGAGUUCUUCCGGCCGCAUUGGGAUGCGUGGUAUACCACGCCGGAUCGGCGGGAGCGGUCAUUUUUCACGGUGCAUGUGUAUUUGAAUGGGGAGGGGGAGGGGGAGGGGGAGGGGGAUCUGGUGGGCGGAGCGACUUCGUUUGUGCGGCGGUUGGAGGUUGAGAGGGAGGAGGAUGAGGUGGUUAAGGUGCUUCCGAGGGUUGGGUCGGUGUUGGUGUUUCAGCAGAAUGAUCUGUUGCAUGCGGGGGAGCCGGUGGUGCGGGGGGUUAAGUAUACGUUAAGGACGGAUGUGAUGUAUGAGGAGAUUUUGGAGGGUGAGGAUUGA